ACAAGAAUUUCACCGACAUAUAGUUUAGUACCGUUUUUGGCUGCAGUCGCACUACGGACAAUAUUCUAAUUGUGCUAACGAACAUUUUUUUCAAAAAUCUAAUAUAUAAAUAUAAUACACAUUCAUAAAUUGAAAUUGAUAUGUGUGACAAACAUUAAGCAUAUACAAUUUAAUUACAAACAGUUAAUGCUAUUAACUACACAUUUUAAAUGUUAUUAUACAUGGCCAACGCCAGCCAUAUGGAAAUGGAAAUGAAAAUGCGAAUUGGAAUGGAAAAUGUGCUGCUGUCUCGUCGUACACACAAUAUAUAAUUAAUAACAAUCUGCUAGUGCAAAUCAAAUGUGUUGUUGAUCAAAUCAGCAAAAAUUAAAAAUAAAUUAAAAAUAAAAUUACAACAAAAGUAAUAAAAAAACCCCCUCCAUACGAACGAACGCGUGCAACAAGUUAAAUCCAGCUACAAGCUACAAGUUGUAAACCAAGUUAGAACUACACACAUACAAACAAACAUACAUGUAUACACACACACACACACACAUACGCAAGUACUCGUUCGCGCUCUCACACACAGAUGCACACACACACACAGACACAAGGAGACUUUAACAAUGUCAAGUGAAAACAUUCUUUGGAAGCAACAGGUUUCGCCCUAAUAAGUGUUAUAAAGAAACGCGUCCAGAACUGUUGUUGACUUUGACUUGAAAGAGAAAGAGAGACAGAGAGAGAGAGAGAGAGAGAGAAAAAAAGCAAAGAUAUUUAUAAAUUGAUCAACAGUUAUAUAUAUAUAUAUAUACAUAUUCAGUUGAGCUGAAUUUGAGGCAAAUUAAGAGAUUUGUGUGUGACUGCAACCAGGUGGAACGAGCAAGUCGAGCAACAAUCAACAACUAAAUAACCAGAAACUUAACUAAAAAGUUCUUAGAGCGCAAAAAACAAAAAGAGAGAGAGAGAGAGAAAAAAGAAGCGAAAACCUCAAUAUGGACUCAUUCUACGAUGGCGACCUCAAAGAUAUAUGGGACUCCGAUUUAGUUUCGACGGAAUCCUUGAAAAUAAGCAGCGAUCAUGAUAUGCAUGAUUGGUUUUACGACCGCGAUGAUGUCAAGGAUCCAACAGUCAUCCUACACGACAAGCUCAUAUCCGAUGCCCUCUUAAAUGGCACGGGACCAAUUAAAACGGAGCAUUCCUAUAGUCUCAACAGCGAUGGUGAUUCCCUGCCAGAUUCACCAAAAAGCCUGCAGGCCAAAAUCGAUGAUAUGGAUGAUGAGUGCUACUCCGGAAGUGGGCGCGUCACCAUCGAUCCCAAAUGCCUCACACUUCACCCGCCCGCAAGAAACAAUCGCAGCACCGCAAUGCUGAGCAGCGCCUGCGCCAAUCCCGCACUAAACACAGCCAUUACGGAGUUAACGGCUGCAAGCACAGCCCUGGCACGGCACACCAAUUGUGAGGUGGUGCAACAGAGUGGCAACACCGGCAACAGCAACAGCAGCAGCAGCGGCGGCAGCAACAAUAACAGCAGCAGCAGCAUAAAUGUUGCAAUGGAACAUUUUCAACUACCUCAACAUUUGGCGGAAAUGUACGAUGAUAACGAUUGCAGCUCAUCGGUGUCAUCGGCCAGGGAGGGCAGCAUAUCGCCCGAUAUCUGCUCAGACAUCGAUAUAGAUGAGGCGAUCAUCAAAGAUGAGCCCAUGUCACCCGAUUCCAGCUGCCCCGCCAGUCCUAACUCACAGACCAGCAACCAACAGAUGAGCCUCAGUCUGGCCAAUUUGCAGACAGAACUGCUCUUCGACCAAAAGCAUGGUGGCCUUCUGCUUGCCACCAGCAACAACAGCAGCAGCCUCAUCAAAUCCCAGCAGCAACAGCAACAGCUCUUACUGCCCAAGAUGGCCAUCAAGACGGAGAAACAAAGUGCCGGUAGCAGCAAUAGCAGCAGCAGCAGCUCGGCUAAAUCGCAUGCCUAUGGCAUUCCAUUAACGCCGCCCUCCUCUCUGCCUAGCGACGACUCAGAGGGCAAUCUAUCGCCGGAACAUUUGUAUGCGCCAUUGUCGCCCAACGCUUCCGCCGUGACCAAUGCACCUGGCAGUGGCGACUCAAUGGUUAAUAAUGCUAGCGCGAGACGCGCUGCUGCCAUCAUAACCCGUGCCGCCAGUGGCAAUGGUGUCGCCAGCACUCCGCCAUCGACGAGGCAGCCCAUACACACGCCGCUCAUUAGCACGCAACCGAAGGGGUCAACGGGCAAUCUACUGUUGACAGAGGAGGAGAAACGUACGCUGCUUGCUGAGGGUUAUCCCAUACCUCAAAAGUUGCCACUCUCCAAGGCCGAGGAGAAAUCGCUCAAGAAGAUACGACGUAAAAUUAAAAAUAAGAUCUCUGCUCAGGAAAGUCGUCGCAAAAAGAAAGAGUAUAUGGAUCAGUUGGAGAGGCGCGUAGAAAUUCUGGUUACGGAGAAUCAUGAUUACAAGAAACGCCUCGAGUCGCUCGAGGAGACCAAUGCCAAUCUACUUAGUCAGCUGCACAAAUUGCAGGCCUUAGUUAGCAAGCACAAUGUGAAAAAGUCCUAAACCUGAUGCCAAGGCCCAGUGGCCAUGGUUCAAGUUUGCCUGCCUGCCCGAGAGAUAUUUUUAUUUUUAUUUUAUCUUAUUUUAUUAUAUUUUAUUUGUUGUUGUAACGAGCACACGACGAACACACACUAGUGUUUUGUUUCUUAUUAAGAAUUUAUCAGUUUAUA